AUGGAGACUGGGACUGAGGACCCAGGACUAAAACGCCGUCCGACGCUGGCCUCUUCCUGGGAUGCCGCACGCGGGGCCCUGACCCAGAGUCUCCUUCUCAGCCAGACUCGUCUCAACUUCGAGACCCGCGACUUCGACUGCGAAGAGCUGCUGGCGCCGCCUCCUUCGGGGCAGGAUCUGGUGAUUUUGAAGAGAAGCCUGAACAGCCAAGAUGAAAGCCCCUGCUUCCUCUACCUGAGGUGUGACCCUAACGGAGGUGAAGAAAUCGUUUCUGUUGGCAUUCUCAGUUCUGCAAGAAAUAUGGAAGUAUACUUAGGAGAGGAGUACUGUGGAACCAGUCGGGGCAAGAAUGUUGGUACUGUCCUGGAUGACAGUUUGGCAAAUUCGUCAAAAAGCUCUCCUGCUCUAGGAUCAAGGAUAGACCUUGACAAGGUUCAAAGCAUAAUGGAAUCCAUGGGAUCAAAGUUAUCACCUGGAGCCCAGCAACUGAUGAAUAUGGUUAGAUUCCAGCAGCAGAAUUGCAUUCCCGUUGGAGAACAGCUUCAGUCGGUUUUGGGAAAUCCUGGAUACAAGCAUGUGAUUGGACUGCACUCAUCAUCUACGUUAGGAGCCUUAGACAAGUCAUCCUCCACACCUUUUCCUUUCAGAACUGGAUUGAUGUCUGGAAAUGUGACAGAAAACUUAAAAGCUUACAUUGAUAAAAGUACACAGCUUCCUGGUCAGGGGAAUACUGCAAACCUUAGCGAAUGUAAAAUUAUGCCACAAAAUCAUUCCCUUCUUGAAAAAGAUCUUAAAAAUGCAGUAUCCUCUUUCUUACCAAAGAAAACAAUUGACAACUCAAAUAUACCUAACUCUGAGUUGCUGCCUUUUCUCCAGAAUUUGUGUAGUCAAGUUAAUCAUCUCCAUGUGGGACAUAAGGCUGAGUGGCAGGAAAACAUCACCAAGCCCAGUGAAGGCAUUCUUGGUGUUGGAAUGGAAGAACAAUCUGUUUGCUCCUACCUGGAAAAGAUUCUUUCUAAAAACAUGGAACUGAUGGAAAAGAAACUUACAGACUACAUCGAUCAGCGAAUAUGUAAACUCCAGGAGCACAUAGAUGAUAAGAUUGCUUUGUUAAUGGACUUGCUGCAAAAUCCCAACUCCCCACCCACCGGGAUACCUCUAAGACAUUAUGACUCCAGAGAAAGACUUUCAAAUGGAGAGAGAUAAGCUCUCAACAUAUACAAUGUACUGCAGAUGUCUAUUGCAUAUUUAUUACAAAGCCAAAACCC